CCCUGCUGCAGCGAAUCCACCUUGAACCUCUUGGGCUCAUCAGUGCUCUGGUUCCGGCUCGCCAGGGAACAUGGAGUUUGCAGAGCUGAUUAAAACCCCACGAGUGGACAAUGUGGUGUUACACCGGCCUUUCUAUCGCGCCGUAGAGGGGACUCUCUGUCUGACGGGCCAUCAUCUGAUCCUAUCCUCUCGACAGGACAACACAGAGGAGCUGUGGCUUCUCCAUUCAAACAUCGAUGCUAUCGAUAAACGAUUUGUAGGAUCACUGGGUACCAUAAUUAUAAAAUGUAAAGAUUUUCGAGUCAUUCAGCUGGAUAUUCCUGGAAUGGAAGAAUGUUUGAAUAUAGCCAGUUCAAUUGAGGCCUUGUCAACCCUGGACUCCAUCACUCUGAUGUACCCUUUCUUUUACCGGCCCAUGUUUGAAGUUGUAGAAGAUGGCUGGCAUUCUUUCCUUCCUGAGCAAGAGUUUGAAUUCUACUCUUCAGCUACCAGCGAAUGGAGGCUAAGUUAUGUCAAUAAGGAAUUUACUAUCUGCCCCUCCUACCCACCAAUUGUAAUAGUGCCAAAUUCUACUGAUGAUGAAUCUUUAAGGAAGGUAGCUACAUUUCGACAUGGUGGACGCUUUCCAGUGCUAAGCUAUUAUCAUAAAAAAAAUGGCAUGGUAAUUAUGCGAAGUGGCCAACCACUUACUGGCACAAAUGGGAGGAGAUGCAAGGAAGACGAGAAACUGAUAAAUGCUACCUUAAGAGCUGGAAAACGGGGCUACAUCAUUGACACCCGAUCACUGAAUGUGGCCCAGCAAGCGAGAGCCAAAGGAGGGGGCUUUGAACAAGAAGCUCAUUAUCCUCAGUGGAGGCGAAUUCAUAAGUCCAUUGAGAGGUAUCACAUUCUUCAGGAUAGCUUAGUCAAACUUGUGGAAGCUUGCAAUGACCAAACACAUAACAUGGACAGAUGGCUCAGUAAGUUGGAGGCCUCAAACUGGCUGACUCACAUCAAGGAGAUUCUGACAACUGCUUGUUUGGCAGCUCAGUGUAUUGACAGGGAAGGAGCAUCAGUACUGAUUCAUGGAACAGAAGGAACUGAUUCUACACUUCAGGUUACUUCCCUAGCCCAGAUCAUCUUGGAACCAAGAAGUAGGACAAUCCGUGGUUUUGAGGCCUUGAUAGAGAGAGAGUGGCUGCAGGCUGGUCACCCUUUUCAGCAGCGCUGUGCCCAGUCAGCCUAUUGUAACAGUAAGCAGAAGUGGGAGUCACCUGUGUUUCUUCUCUUCUUGGACUGUGUGUGGCAGAUACUUCGUCAGUUCCCUUGUUCUUUUGAGUUUAAUGAGCAUUUUCUCAUCAUGCUGUUUGAACAUGCUUAUGCUUCACAGUUUGGAACAUUUCUGGGCAACAAUGAAAGUGAAAGAUGUAAAUUGAAGUUACAGCAGAAAACGAUGUCUUUGUGGUCUUGGGUCAAUCGACCCAGUGAACUGAGUAAAUUUACUAAUCCUCUUUUUGAAGCCAACAAUCUUGUCAUCUGGCCUUCAGUUGCUCCACAGAGUCUACAGCUAUGGGAAGGUGUUUUCCUACGUUGGAACAGAUCUUCCAAGUAUUUAGAUGAAGCUUAUGAAGAAAUGGUUAACAUCAUUGAAUAUAACAAGGAAUUACAAGCAAAAGUAAAUAUUCUUAGGAGACAGUUGGCAGAACUGGAAACACAAGAUGGGGUGCAAGAAAGCCCCUAGAAGGUCCCCAACAUUCUUUUCAAAGAACCCUCUGGACUUGUAUUCCACCUCUCUCUCUCCUUUGCCCUUCAGUUCACUUUUACAAAGUAGCCUUGCAUUUAAGGCUUAACAUAGAGGAACUCUCUUACAUAAUGGAUUUCUCAAUACUUUAUUAAUGAAAUUUACUAUACUUAUGUUUCUUGUAGCCUGCUACAGGCCCUGUCACAUAGGAUAAGGAAGGAGGUGCUAGUUAUUUUCUUUUAUGUGAAAUAGGUGAUUUAUUUAAUG